GACAUUUAGAUAAAUCUUCUUUCGAAGUUAGAAACUUAAUUUUAAAAGUAUUGUAUUAUUACUAUCUACUAUCACAAUGUUAGUCUUACAAUUAUUCACAUUACUUUUCGUUUCAGCUCAAAUUGCUUUGGCUGCAACACUAAGCAAUAUUUUCACAAGCUUAAGUAUAUCAGAUACCACUCUCUUAUCUGAUUUAGAACAAGAAAGAACUGCUUCUUUGACAUGGCAAAUAGAUACUAGCAAUGCUUCUCCGGGUGAUACUUUUACGUUAGAUAUGCCCAAUGUCUUUGCAGUAAGAGCAGGUACAGAUGUUAUCGAUUUAUAUGCCAAUGGAAAUGUGGUAGCAACUUGUGUUCCUUACCUGGGAACAUUUAAUAAUGAUUAUUCUUCCUUGACAUGCACAGUUACUACUGGAAUUUCAUCAUAUCCUGAUACUACUAUAUCGGGAUCACUUUCAUUUGAUUUUGCUUUUAAUUUUGGUGGAUCCACUCAUUCUGCUGAUCUUUCUAGUGCUAGUGUAUUCACAGCUGGUCAAAACACUGUCACAUGGGACGGAUUAAGUGCUACAGUUAAUUUGAAGGGAAAUGGUAUCUAUAUUCCCCAAACUAAUCCAUUUUUGGGAGCUUUAUUCAGAGAUUCGCCCGAACAAGUUUUUCAGGUUUAUAUGUUGACUGGUUUGUGUCCAGGGGGUGUAUCGAGCGGUGUUGUCGGAAUUCAAAGCCCAAACUCAUACCCUUGUAGUAAUUAUGAAAUUUAUGGAACAAAUGAUUUAAAUGAUUUUGACUUACCUGAAUCAUACGAUGAUAUAACCCUGACCCGAGCUGUUUGUACCGCUAAUUCUGUCGCUUUCCAAGUCAGCAAUGUUCCAGAAGGGUACCAAAUUUUCAUUCAAGCUGUUCAACCUUUAACGGAUGAUAGAAGCUAUCUUACUUUAGUGUAUCAACUUACAUGCGGUGAUGGAUCUUCACUCCAGGCUUCUUCUCAAGUAUAUAUUGAAAGUGUUCCAGGUGGCAGUUCAUCAAAUGGAACAGUUUCGGAAGUUAGCACUACAACUUUUACUACUGAAUGGACUGGCUCAUACACUUAUACUACUACUUUACCAUUUGGUAGUGACACCACCAUUGAGACUAUUGAAAUUGAAACUCCAGACGCUGCAGAAAGUAUCACUACUACAACUUUUACUACUGAAUGGACUGGCUCAUACACUUAUACUACUACCUUACCAUUUGGUAGCGACACCACCAUUGAGACCAUUGAAAUUGAAACUCCAGACGCUGCAGAAAGUAUCACUACUACAACUUUUACUACUGAAUGGACUGGCUCAUACACUUAUACUACUACCUUACCAUUUGGUAGCGACACCACCAUUGAGACUAUUGAAAUUGAAACUCCAGACGCUGCAGAAAGUAUCACCACUACCACCUUCACCACCGAAUGGACUGGUUCAUACACUUAUACUACUACUUUACCAUUUGGUAGUGACACCACCAUUGAGACCAUUGAAAUUGAAACUCCAGAUGCUGCAGAAAGUAUCACUACUACAACUUUUACUACUGAAUGGACUGGCUCAUACACUUAUACUACUACCUUACCAUUUGGUAGCGACACCACCAUUGAGACUAUUGAAAUUGAAACUCCAGAUGCUGCACCAUCUUUAACUACUACCACCUUCACCACUGAGUGGACUGGUUCAUACACUUAUACUACUACCUUACCAUUUGGCAGUGACACCACCAUUGAGACCAUUGAAAUUGAAACUCCAGAUGCUGCACCAUCUUUAACUACUACCACCUUCACCACUGAGUGGACUGGUUCAUACACUUAUACUACUACUUUACCAUUUGGCAGUGACACCACCAUUGAGACCAUUGAAAUUGAAACUCCAGACGCUGCAGAAAGUAUCACUACUACAACUUUUACUACUGAAUGGACUGGCUCAUACACUUAUACUACUACUUUACCAUUUGGUAGUGACACCACCAUUGAGACCAUUGAAAUUGAAACUCCAGAUGCUGCAGAAAGUAUCACUACUACAACUUUUACUACUGAAUGGACUGGCUCAUACACUUAUACUACUACCUUACCAUUUGGUAGCGACACCACCAUUGAGACCAUUGAAAUUGAAACUCCAGAUGCUGCACCAUCUUUAACUACUACCACCUUCACCACUGAGUGGACUGGUUCAUACACUUAUACUACUACUUUACCAUUUGGCAGUGACACCACCAUUGAGACUAUUGAAAUUGAAACUCCAGACGCUGCAGAAAGUAUCACUACUACAACUUUUACUACUGAAUGGACUGGCUCAUACACUUAUACUACUACUUUACCAUUUGGCAGCGACACCACCAUUGAGACCAUUGAAAUUGAAACUCCAGACGCUGCAGAAAGUAUCACCACUACCACCUUCACCACCGAAUGGACUGGUUCAUACACUUAUACUACUACCUUACCAUUUGGUAGCGACACCACCAUUGAGACCAUUGAAAUUGAAACUCCAGAUGCUGCACCAUCUUUAACUACUACCACCUUCACCACUGAGUGGACUGGUUCAUACACUUAUACUACUACUUUACCAUUUGGCAGUGACACCACCAUUGAGACCAUUGAAAUUGAAACUCCAGACGCUGCAGAAAGUAUCACCACUACCACCUUCACCACCGAAUGGACUGGUUUAUACACUUAUACUACUUCUUUACCAUUUGGUAGUGACACCACCAUUGAGACUAUUGAAAUUGAAACUCCAGACGCUGCAGAAAGUAUCACUACUACAACUUUUACUACUGAAUGGACUGGCUCAUACACUUAUACUACUACUUUACCAUUUGGCAGCGACACCACCAUUGAGACCAUUGAAAUUGAAACUCCAGACGCUGCAGAAAGUAUCACCACUACCACCUUCACCACCGAAUGGACUGGUUCAUACACUUAUACUACUACUUUACCAUUUGGUAGUGACACCACCAUUGAGACCAUUGAAAUUGAAACUCCAGACGCUGCAGAAAGUAUCACUACUACAACUUUUACUACUGAAUGGACUGGCUCAUACACUUAUACUACUACCUUACCAUUUGGUAGCGACACCACCAUUGAGACUAUUGAAAUUGAAACUCCAGACGCUGCAGAAAGUAUCACCACUACCACCUUCACCACCGAAUGGACUGGUUCAUACACUUAUACUACUACUUUACCAUUUGGUAGUGACACCACCAUUGAGACCAUUGAAAUUGAAACUCCAGAUGCUGCAGAAAGUAUCACUACUACAACUUUUACUACUGAAUGGACUGGCUCAUACACUUAUACUACUACCUUACCAUUUGGUAGCGACACCACCAUUGAGACUAUUGAAAUUGAAACUCCAGAUGCUGCACCAUCUUUAACUACUACCACCUUCACCACUGAGUGGACUGGUUCAUACACUUAUACUACUACCUUACCAUUUGGCAGUGACACCACCAUUGAGACCAUUGAAAUUGAAACUCCAGAUGCUGCACCAUCUUUAACUACUACCACCUUCACCACUGAGUGGACUGGUUCAUACACUUAUACUACUACUUUACCAUUUGGCAGUGACACCACCAUUGAGACUAUUGAAAUUGAAACUCCAGACGCUGCAGAAAGUAUCACUACUACAACUUUUACUACUGAAUGGACUGGCUCAUACACUUAUACUACUACUUUACCAUUUGGCAGCGACACCACCAUUGAGACCAUUGAAAUUGAAACUCCAGACGCUGCAGAAAGUAUCACCACUACCACCUUCACCACCGAAUGGACUGGUUCAUACACUUAUACUACUACCUUACCAUUUGGUAGCGACACCACCAUUGAGACCAUUGAAAUUGAAACUCCAGAUGCUGCACCAUCUUUAACUACUACCACCUUCACCACUGAGUGGACUGGUUCAUACACUUAUACUACUACUUUACCAUUUGGCAGUGACACCACCAUUGAGACCAUUGAAAUUGAAACUCCAGACGCUGCAGAAAGUAUCACCACUACCACCUUCACCACCGAAUGGACUGGUUUAUACACUUAUACUACUACUUUACCAUUUGGCAGCGACACCACCAUUGAGACCAUUGAAAUUGAAACUCCAGACGCUGCAGAAAGUAUCACCACUACCACCUUCACCACCGAAUGGACUGGUUCAUACACUUAUACUACUACUUUACCAUUUGGUAGUGACACCACCAUUGAGACCAUUGAAAUUGAAACUCCAGACGCUGCAGAAAGUAUCACUACUACAACUUUUACUACUGAAUGGACUGGCUCAUACACUUAUACUACUACUUUACCAUUUGGCAGCGACACCACCAUUGAGACCAUUGAAAUUGAAACUCCAGACGCUGCAGAAAGUAUCACCACUACCACCUUCACCACCGAAUGGACUGGUUCAUACACUUAUACUACUACCUUACCAUUUGGUAGCGACACCACCAUUGAGACCAUUGAAAUUGAAACUCCAGAUGCUGCACCAUCUUUAACUACUACCACCUUCACCACUGAGUGGACUGGUUCAUACACUUAUACUACUACCUUACCAUUUGGCAGUGACACCACCAUUGAGACUAUUGAAAUUGAAACUCCAAUUUCGACGACUACAAUCACUGUGGGCUGGACUAAUACAUAUGUUACUACAGUUACCUUACCUACUACUAGUGAAGCUACUUUGGUUACGGUUGAAAUAGAAACGCCAAUUGGAAGUUCAUCACUUGCAGCCACAUCUGAGACUAUACCACUCCCUACUACUGAUAUUUCAUCUUCUGAUUCUAUACCUUCCAAUGAAGUCCUUACUACUAUCUAUAGACCAGGACAAGCAGCUGAAACUUCUAUCCAAUCUGUUAUAAGCUCCGUUGUUUAUACUAGGCCUGAUAAUGUUGUUGUUACUACCAUAGUAACCAAUACGCAAACUAUAUAUUACUGUCCAACUUGUGAAGCAAAUAAUAAUUCCCCUGUUGCUACUACUCCUGUUGCUGCUACUACUCCCGCUGCUACUACUCCUGUUGCUACUACUCCUGUUGCUACUACUCCUGUUGCUGCUACUACUCCCGCUGCUACUACUCCUGUUGCUACUACUCCUGUUGCUACUACUCCUGUUGCUACUACUCCUGUUGCUGCUACUUCUGUUGCUGCUACUUCUGUUGCUACUACUCCUGUUGCUACUACUCCUGUUGCUACUACUCCUGUUGCUACUACUCCUGUUGCUACUACUCCUGUUUCAGCUGAUAAACCUGUACAAAGUAAUCAACAGAGUUAUGUAGAAAAUUCCAGUAUUCCAAUUGUAUCUCAUGUAACUAGUCAAACUACUUAUACUACAGGAAUUGGUAGCCCAAUUCAAAGUGUCAGUAUAUCAUCAGUUACAACUCCAGCACAAACUACAAUUGCAAGUAUAGUAGCUAGCUCUACUUUGGUUUCGGUUGCAAACGAAUCUACUUAUACAACUUCUUUGAAUCAAGAAUCACCAUCCGUCGCUGUUAGUUCAAUUACUACUCUACAAUCAUAUGUUCCUGAGACUACUACUAUAACAACUACAGGUCAAACCUCGUAUUCUGUUAGUCCUAUUGCUAGCGGUAUUGCUACUCCUACAUUAGUUGGAUAUGAAGGAUUGGGUACUACAAAUUAUGCCAAAAGCAGUAUCUUCCUUAAUGUGAUUUCCAUUGUAUUGCCAUUAUUUUUAAUUUAGAUUGAUUUUCGUAACUACAACAAGAAAAUAGAAGCAAAAACAAAAACAAAAACAAAAACACGGGCAUCCUUUAGACUAUUUAUUUAAUUUACUGUUCUCUUACCAUUUAUAAUUUAAAAAUUGCUAAACUCACUUUAUAAAUAUUACUUAGUAGAUAUAAACUGCAAUCUUGAGGAUUUAACCUGUAAACUUAAUUUCAGGCCCGGUGAUUUAACGAUUUUCCGCCGCAUGCCAUUUAAACAAUAUAAAAAAGCGCCGAUGUCACGUGAGAGAAGACCAAUCUGAUUGGAUUGAGAUUAAGAUCGUUAUAUUACCGGUAGCGUCAUAGUUAAACCUUAAGUAUGGACGCCAAG